AACUGCAGUGUACUGGAACUAACCAUUUCUAUGCUACCUAGCUAGCUAUAGCACUGCCUUAGUAUUUAAAAACAGAAACCAAAAUACAGUUUCAUGUCUUCCCUCUCUUCUACUUACCCAGCAUGCAAUGUCUAUAGUAAUCUCCUAUAAAUGUUGGCAUUUAAGAAAAAAGAAAAUAUUGUGCGUGUGUGUGUGUGUGUGUGUGUAUAUAUAGAGGGGGCCCUGCGCUUUGCCUCCUACUAUGGAGACCACAUGGUGCUCCAGAAGUCUCCAGAGAGCGCUGUGCUGUGGGGCUAUGGCCCUGAGGGUGCUCAGGUGACCGUCACCUUGUCAGGACCCUCUCAACAGAAAAAAUCAUUGGUCAAUGUGGCAAAAGGUAUCUGGCGUGUCACCCUUGACCCGGUUGAAGCCGGUGGUCCCUACAAUUUGACGGCAGUCGUUCAGAGCAGCACAGCCGCUCUGACAGAUGUGCUGUUUGGAGAUAUUUGGCUGUGUGGAGGGCAGAGCAACAUGUGGUUACAAACAUCUAAGAUUUUCAAUGCGUCAGAGGAGCUGGACCUUGCAGCGAAGUAUCCUCAUGUGAGGACUUUUAUGGCAGCCUUAAACCUGAGUGAAAUUGAGCAAACUGAUUUGCUUCAAGUGGAGCAUACCUGGGCUGUGCCGCCAGAAAAUGUGGCAGACUUCUCUGCAGUGUGCUGGCUCUUUGGACGCUACUUGUAUAAGACGCUGCAGUACCCCAUAGGACUAGUGGAGUCCUGUUGGGGGGGCACACCUGUCGAAGUCUGGUCAUCUUCAAGAGCACUGAAGCGGUGUGAACUGCUGCAAACCUACAACAAUCCUAAAGAGAAUUCGAUCUUGUGGAAUUCAAUGAUUCACCCGCUGCUCAACAUGACCAUCAAAGGAGCCAUCUGGUACCAAGGUGAGGCGAAUGCAGACUAUCAUCAAGAUCAGUACAACUGUUCCUUCCCUGCUAUGAUUGAUGACUGGAGGAUGGCAUUUCACCAGGGCUCGGGGGGGCAGACGGCUCACGACUUCCCGUUUGGAUUUGUCCAGCUGUCCACCUACGAAAAAGGCUCCAAGAGUGACGCUUUUCCGAACAUCCGCUGGCACCAGACCGCAGACAAAGGCUUCGUCCCGAAUCCCCGGAUGCAGAAAACCUUCAUGGCCGUGGCUUUAGAUUUACCGGAUGCAACAUCACCAUUUGGCACGAUCCAUCCACGGGACAAGCAGGAUGUAGCCUACAGACUGACACUGGGAGCAAGGGCAGUGGCUUAUAAUGAGAAGGACGUGUCCUUCCAAGGGCCUUUCCCCAAGCUAAUCCUGUCGGCUCAUGACUUUAUCAACAUAACCUACGACCAGAAUGUCUCUGUCACACCAUCUAAAGACAUCUUUGAGAUCUGUUGCUCAGAGAUUCAGACUCCAUGUGGGCCUAAGUCUUCCUGGGUUCCAGCUCCCAUCAUGCACUGGGGUCCGGCCACCGUUCAGUUAUCUACCAGUUUGUGUCAGUCUACUGAUAAAGUAGCUGCCCUCCGAUAUGCAUGGGGAGACUGGCCUUGUGACUUUAAAGCCUGUUCGGUCUACAGCGCCAGCAGGAUUUUACCUGCGCCUCCUUUUAUUACCAACCACUCUCCAGCCAAAGGAAACCAGGAACUGUAAGAAGACAAAGUGAUGGAAAAAGUGCCUUUUUUCUUUUAGGUCAAAAUGAGCUGAUUGGACCGAUAUGUAGUCAGAUUUACCACAAGAUGACGACACGGUGGAUUGUUACUGAGAAAGCUAAAUUUUGCAGUUUUUCAAAGAUUAAUACACUUCAGAGGGAAGAAUUUAUUUUAUUUUUCUUAUACUUGUCAGUUUGUUUUGAUUUGACUUAAGGCAAUCAAUUUGGGUAAGUAAUAAGUGAGUCUGCUCAGAGUGGGCCAGUGCCAUUUUGGUUACAUUGAUUAUCCUGUAGACAAUCUAUGAUGUUACAACCACUGCUAAUAAUUACUGGACCGUGUGUAGAAAAGCAUGACUGAUGUUUUAUUUGAACAAAACUCUGGAUUUUCAAGUUUACAACACAAAUUAAUUUUUGUAACUGAACAUUAUUUGCACGAAUAAAUGAUAAAACUAA